CUUUCAUCCAUCUUACGACGCUUGAUGCUCUCCCUAUAGCCAGGGAGCGUUCCAGGAUGACAAGGAAAUUAUGUCUGGCCACAUAGGACGUCGAUUAUAUGCGAACAUAUACAAACGAGCGCAUCCCCUCCUCUCCCGUGCUGAGCAAUCCUCCUCCGCAGCCUGGUCAUCGUUUAUAACUGGCGCCGCAAUUCCAUCAAACACUGCCAAGGGUUUGUUCCGGAGAAAUUGGUCAAGGACAUUUUCAUACUCUUCUCCUACAAAUGCUAAACAGAUCACUAGACGCUUUGCAUCUGGCGGCUUUCUAGUCUUGGGCACUUCACCUACUUCUAAUGCUGUGGAAUCCGGCGCGUCAUGCGCUAUCACUUCUUCGGAAAAGAUAAUAUGUCAACACGGAAGUACGGGGUAUGUGGAUAAACACAGGCUGGAGGGUUUGGCGAAAAGCGUUUGGAGAAGAAGUAUCUAUACCUCGUCAGAGGGCGAUGAUGAUGUGCAAACCUCCGCCGACAUUCCUUCUAGAGUAUCCAACACCACACAGCGCACGUCGUCCCCACCCGAUGAAACUAAGACCUCCAAUCAACCAUCUGUGAAGCCCAUUGAAUCCGAAUCUAGAUCUGCGUCUGAACCUGCACUAUCGUCGUUACACUCGAACGGCAAAACUGUGUCAGGAAAGGCGCAUACUGGUGGUAGUUCUACGACAACCAGCCAUUUCACGGAUCGAUUGCCCCAUCGACCCACGAAGGAAGAAUUACUGGCUGCCGCGACUGGGUUUUGGUCAAGGCUCAAAGUGCGUUUCAAGUGGUUCUCUAUACGAAGUAUCCGGCCCUUCAAUGUAGAUGAUAUUGGAGCUUUCUUUUCUUGGAUUCUUCUUGGCCAUGUACUGUGGAUUAUUCUUGGGACCACAACUUUUUUCUCUCUCCUGAUAUUAGCCAUUAAUACGGUUUUUGCUCAAGAAACGCUGGCGAGAUGGGUAGGCAACUACCUAACGAAAUCCUCAGGACUCACCGUUGUUUUCGAAUCAGCAAUCGUACCGAAAUGGAAGGAUGGCGUUAUAACGUUCAAAAAUGUCUUCGUUUCGAGGCGCCCUGGCCAAGGUGCCGGAAACGUGAGCAAAGGUUCACCUAAAACAGCGGCCGAAACGGCUGCUGCUGCUGCUUUAAGGGAUAAUCAGUCGGACGUGGAGGAGGAAGAUACGAAUUAUACCCAGUUCGACGUAUCGAUUAACACGGUCAACGUAACUCUAUCAUUUGCCAAAUGGUUCAAUGGCAAAGGCCUCCUGCGAGAUGUCGAAGUGAUUGGCGUCCGAGGUAUCGUCGACAGGACCCAUGUGUGGUGGCCCGAGGGUGACCUCGACCCCAAAUCAUAUCGACACGAGCACAACCCAGGUGACUUCGAGAUCGAUUCAUUCAAAAUGCAGGAUCUACUAGUCACAAUUUACCAGCCAAAUAAUUUCCGACCAUUUUCAGUCUCCAUUUUCUCCUGUGACCUGCCCCAGCUCCGACGCCAGUGGCUCUUUUACGAUUUCAUGUCCGCCAAUACUAUGUCUGGCUCGUUUGACAAUUCUAUAUUUACGAUCCACCCCCGGCAAACGCAUUCUUAUACGGGCGCGCUGUUGGGCGACGAUGGAGAGGACCACGGCGAGGCUAGCCCGUGGAAAAAGCACAGUCGAAUCCGUAUUGAUGGACUUAGUAUUGAUCACCUUAACCGUGGCGUUGAAGGCCCGUUCUCAUGGAUACAUGAAGGUAAUGUCGAUAUCGUAGCCGACAUCAUGUUCCCGGCCGACAAUGAUGAGAGCCUUGCGAAGGUCAUGUCAGACUUUUACGACCGCCUGGAAGCCGCCGUUACGUCGAAUCGCUACCAGACACAUCCUAACGGCUCUGCUCCCCAUGGUGCAGCUUCUCAGAAUGAGGGAAAUGGCAAGAGCCAUACUCUUCCAGUUUCUCCAGGGAGAGGGGAGGACGACAAACGAUUGGUCGUUACUGAUCUCCGCAUCCAUCUUAAUAACAUACGAGCUGUUGUUCCUCUAUUCACUAGGGAUCUUUCAUACGUCAACAACGCGCUCAUUCGACCCAUUGUCGCGUACAUGAAUUCCAAGCGCACGUUUAUACCUAUCCAGUGUCGACUUGUGAAGCGCGUUAGUGAUUUCGAUGGUAGUUGGACAAUAUACGAUAGUGGGUUGAUGACCGAUUUGUCUGCUGAAACAUACGAAGCAUUCGCUCAAGGUGUUGUGGAUGAACAGGCUCGGAAACGGCGAUUUAAGAAAGUGGGGCUUUGGUCUCUGCAACUUGCUGCCCAGGCGAUUUUGAUGGGCAUGGCAGGCAAUAUUGUAUAAAUUUUGUAGUCAAGGAACCACCCGACAGCAUCCAACAAACGACUUGGCAAUUUCUGUACAUGUAUAACCCAGCACAUUUUACGACUGUGAAGUAUUUUCUUUUUUCUUUUGUCUUUUCUUUUAUUUAUAUCUUUCUUUCCUUUUUUGGGGGGAGUUCUAGGGAAAGGGAAUUCCCUUGCAAUCUUUAUUUAUACUUAUAUUGCUUGUUUCCUUGUCAUCUUUUCGCUUCGGUGUUCAUGACUUAAAGUUAACCCGGUAUGCACUAUUUGAUUCCCUAUUCAUCUGCGGUUGUACGUGCGGCUUGUUACAAGUGCCUGCUCCUUUUAUCGUUGUUUUUGAUGUUCCAUAUUAUUUAUUUCUAUGUUUUUCUAUUUCCCCCUAACCGCAUCCUCCACUCUACAAUUCUCUAUAUCAAUAUAUCCCUAACAUCCAUCUCCUUCUC